GACGCCGCGCCGGCUCUCGAGCAGCCGCCGGGGAGCCGCAGGACUGAGCCGCCGACCGCGCCCGAUCCGCCAUGGCCGAGAGCGACUGGGACACGGUGACGGUGCUGCGUAAGAAGGGCCCCACGGCGGCCCAGGCCAAGUCCAAGCAGGCCAUCUUAGCAGCUCAGAGACGAGGAGAAGAUGUGGAGACUUCCAAGAAAUGGGCUGCUGGCCAGAAUAAACAGCAUUCGAUCACCAAGAACACUGCCAAGUUGGACCGGGAGACAGAGGAGCUGCACCAUGACAGGGUGACCCUGGAGGUGGGCAAGGUGAUCCAGCAAGGUCGGCAGAGCAAGGGGCUCACACAGAAGGACCUGGCCACGAAAAUCAACGAGAAGCCACAAGUUAUCGCUGACUAUGAGAGUGGACGGGCCAUCCCUAACAACCAGGUUCUGGGCAAGAUCGAAAGAGCCAUUGGCCUCAAGCUCCGGGGCAAGGACAUUGGGAAGCCCAUCGAGAAGGGGCCGAGAGCGAAAUGAACACAAAGCCUCGAAAUCAGUUGUUGCAGCUGAUCUCGUUGGCUGGUUCUCGACCACCAGAACCAGCGUGGGUCUCCUCACCCUGCCAGUGGUGCGUGGGGUGCCGGACUUGCUGGAGAACCUCCUCACCCCAUACCUGCUGUAAAACAAACAAAACCUUGCAAAGUC